AUGCGCUUCCCUCACCCGAAGCGCGUAGUCCUCUACGCGGCAAUCGCUACUUUCGUCGUCCUGAUCCUCGGCACCCUCCACCUCGAAUCCGACUACCUCUUCCCCUCGGGGCCCAAAGGCUACGAUGCCAUCCGCAGCCGCACAAACGACUACCGUCUCCUGACGAGUACACGAAACAACCUCGGCUUCUACAACACCAUCAAUGUCAAGUCGACAGGCCACAAGAUUAUGAACCCGACCCUGCUCGAGCUGCCCAAGGGGAGCAAGCACGACUUCCUCGUCAUCGCCCGCGCGCCCCACGUUGAUAAGGAGAUCAAGGGGAAAAAAUACAGACUGGCGCGACAGGUCGCUACCUUUGUCAGCCUGACCUACGAUAACUUUGGUCGGCCCGAGCUGACGGCGAACGACGACUGGUCCAAGAUGCUUGUCGAGGACUUUGCUGGUCCUGAGCACCACUGCAAGAGGGAACCCAGCAUGGACAAGUACAUCGGUCCUGAGGACAUGAAGCUGUUCUGGACCAAGCAUGGUGCUCCCAUGCUCAUCUUCACGCACCAGGUCGACGACCCCAUCCUUUGCGAGGGCAUGUACAUCAUCGACGCCCGUGCUGCCGUCCCCGAGCUCGUCAGACAGAUGGGUAAGCACGCAAAGAAGCUGCCGCCCAUCAAGUUCACCGAACCGGUCCUACUUCGUCGGCAACCCCCCGAGGGCCAAGAAUCGGAUCCCCGAUACCAGCGCGAAAAGAACUGGGCACCCAUCUACUCUCCCUUCAGCAAGGAUGAGGACGAGAUGAUGUUCAUGGUGGAACCCAGCCAGCUUUUCCGCUUCAACGAGACCAACCAACCCGUCCAAGACGUCGAGGCCGAGCGCGAUUCCGCUGUCCAGGAACCCUUCCCUCCGGGCAACGAGAAGAAGACAUGGCACAGCAUGGAGAACACGUGCAUCCACGAUGUGAUGCUCAGCGACCGACGGGUUCAUCAAUCGACACCGAUGCUCAGCCUCACGCUGUGCAAGCGAGGCGAGUGCGAACCGCACGAACACAAUACAGUCAUGAUUGGCAUGGUGCAGAUGCGCUACGACCCGCCCGAGUUUACGAAUACGUGGUAUGAUCACCGUAUCAUUGUCUACUCGGCGGUGGCGCCCUACACAAUGCUGAGCGUGAGCAAGAAGCUCACAUACCACGGCGAGACUAAUAGCAAGUACAUUUGGACGGGCAGCAUGGUGUACCACGGGAACCAGCCCGAGCAGAGGAGUCACGGAUUUUUGGACGACGAGGUCUGGCUGAGCUUUGGCAUCGGCGACUCGGCACCCGGGUGGCUAGACGUGCCAGCAAAGGAGUUGGUGUCGGAUCAUUAUUUUUGCCAGGGGGCAACGGAUGCAUAUCGGGAGUGUAUUAGACAAUAUCUUUGA